AUUUACCAAAACAUACACAGGAGAAAAGCUUAUUUACGUUCUCUACAAUGGCGUUCUCUGCAAUUCCCACCCGUUGCUCCUUUUCUCUUCCUCCUCCCCAGUACCCACGAUCAAGCUCUUUACCUCCUUGUUCAGUUUCUUUUCGAUUUUCACAAAUAAAGCUCAAUGGUCGAAAGCCCUUUUCAAUUCGAGCAGCUUCGGUUUCAGCUGCAUCAACAUCUCAGGGUAUCGCACCUGCCAUUUCGCUUACAGAUGAUGCGCUGAAACACUUGAAUAGGAUGAGGUCUGAACGUAAUGAAGAUUUGUGCUUGAGAAUUGGUGUUAAACAGGGUGGAUGCUCUGGCAUGUCUUACACAAUGGAGUUCGAAAAAAGAGCAAAUGCACGACCAGAUGAUUCCAUCAUCGAGUAUAACGGUUUUGUGAUUGUUUGUGAUCCAAAGAGCCUUCUUUUCGUAUUUGGAAUGCAGUUGGACUACAGUGAUGCUCUAAUUGGUGGAGGCUUCUCCUUCAAGAACCCAAAUGCAACACAAACAUGUGGUUGUGGUAAAUCCUUUGCAGCAGAGAUGUGAAAUUAUGUGUAAAACAACUGAACUAAUUGAAUAGAUAUACGGUAUCAACCUUUUACAAUGGAUUACUCAGCCAGUGAUGUAUAAUUAAAGCAUUCUUUUUUCUUUUU